AUGCUGAAAAGACCCGCCUUGUCCUUCCUCGUUGGCGUCAUUUCCGCACAGCAGCAAUGCUACUACGCCCCCGGCGGACAAUAUCGCGGACCAGAUAACCUCGUCCCUUGCAAUUCGACCGGUGCUUCUUCCUGUUGUCUGCUUGGCGAUACCUGUCUCUCGGGAAAUACUUGCUACAACCCCAACACCGGCAAUCUCUAUCAAUACGGCUGUACGGAUAUCACUUACAAUGACGAGACGUGUCCCUAUAAAUGCGGAUUUGAUCCUGACAAAUCCCCCUGGACCGCCCUCGAAUACUGCACCGACAUCCAAGACCUCACCAACACAUGGAUCUGCCACGGCCCGGAAUCCAGCGGCUUCGCCUGGCCGGCGCCCUCCCAAGACCUCCUCGUCCUCCAACCACGGGGAUGCCGCGACAUGGGCAACCUCGCCCUCGUAGCCCUCUACGCGCCCUCGAAACUCGCGCCCUACGUCUCCCUCCCGUCGACGUUUGGGGGGAUGGAGACGGCUGUGCCCGGGUAUGCGCCGGAGAGUUUUACGCAGUUGACGACGUAUCGGCCUGCGCCGAGGAGUGGGGUGUGGGUUGAUGCGGAGGCUACGCCGGGGACGGGGACGUAUGCGGCUGCGAGGAGCUGGACGGGGAGGGCGCCUACUGUUAGUGCUGAGGGGACGGGGUCGGGGGAGAGUUCUGGAAAUGCGACAGUGACGGCGACGGGGAGUGCUGGGCCGAUUCUGCAGAGUGGGACGUCGUUGGCUGCAGCUGGGGCUGGUUUAUCGACGGGUGCGAAAGCUGGGAUUGGGGUUGGCGUAGCAGGCGGUGUGCUCCUCCUCGCGGCGCUGGGGAUGUGUUUGUUUUGCUUCGGACGGAAACGCAGUCGACGAGAUCGAGCAGACCAACAGCAACAACGGCAGCAGCAGUACCCUCAAAGUCCACCUCAGACGCAGAUGACCACGCAUAUACCGCCCUAUCCCUCCCCUCCUCCUCACCCACAAAUGCACUGGACACCCAUUCAGUCCGGUCCGCCCCUUAUGGAUCCCGCGUCUGGACACGAGUAUGGACAUGGUGGUGGCGCUGCUUCCUCGCCGCACCAAAACCAGAUUUCGAGGAGUGUGUCAAGGGGGAAGGUGGAGAAUCCGCAGACUGAGGGAAUGCCGCCCGUUCCUGUGGUGCCGUUGGAGUUGGAGGGGGAGGAGUUGAGGAGGAGUUUGUAUGAGAUGGAGGCGAGGGGGGAGGGGGAGGAGGAGGGGAGGAAAAGGGGUGAGAUGGGGAUGGGGAUGGGGACAGGGAUGGGGAAUGCUUUCUGA